CGGAGGGGGCAGUGGGUGCGGGGUGCUCUGCUGAGGGCCCCUCAACCGGCCCCAGGGGGCUGUUGCAGACCCGUGGUGGGUCCCACCAUGGCCUGAGUCCAGCACAACAGCAUGGGCUGGCAUGUGCCACCGGACAGGUGCCCCCAUCCCAGGGACAACUCUGGCACUCCCAGCACCACUCUAUGUGCCCAGUGCUGUGCUUGCACAAGCUGUGCUGUCCCCCGAGGGCAGCUGCCCACCCGCAGCCUCCCCUCUCUCCCUUCCCUGUGCUGGCGCUUGGCCCCGCUGCAACCUUCUGACGAAUCCCGCUCGCAGUUCUAUGGCAGAAGCCACUUCCCCCCGCGGCUAAUCCGCCCGUGCCUGCAGCUUCCACCUGCUGAGCCAGCGGGAGCCGUGCUCAGCCGGCCCCAGCCAGCGUCUGGGCUCUGAAACCCGCUCCGGCUCCAGAGCCUCCGCACCCCGCUCCCGCCGCCACGAAACCCCGACCCCGCUUGGCAGCAGGCAGCGAGGAGGCUGAAGGUGGCAUCGACUGGCACCAGGAGAGCUGAACCCGCGAGGUCGUGUCGUGUGAGGAAGCAGAGGGACGGUGACGUGCUGGAGAUCUGCAUGGCUCCCUGCGAGCGGUGACGUGCCUGGCUGGAUCUCCUUGCCACGGGCAGCCUCAGGAGGGGAUCGCAGCCUGUUCCUUCCCCACCUCAUCCCAGCCAGGCUCAGGCCAUCAGACGGAGAGCAGCCACAAGACGUGCUGGGACCUGCGCUGACCCUUGCUGCACAAGAUGACAGCAAGAGAUGGGCCCCAAGAUAGGUACAAGGCUGUCUGGCUGAUCUUCUUCAUCCUCGGCCUGGGAACGCUGCUGCCAUGGAAUUUCUUCAUGACUGCCAGGGAGUAUUUCAUCGGUCGCCUCGCGGACACAGAGGAGAGGAGCCACUCCUGGAAUGAGACCAGUGGGUCCCCUUCCUACCUAGAGUCCAUGUUUGACAACUUCAUGACUCUCUGCGCCAUGGUGCCCCUCCUUGUCUUCACCUGCCUCAACUCCUUCAUCCACCAGCGGAUUCCCCAGCAGAUCCGCAUCUUGGGCAGCCUGGUGGCCAUUGGGCUGGUGUUUUUAGUCACAGCAAUCAUGGUGAAGGUCUCCAUGGAGCCUCUUCCCUUCUUCAUCUUUACCAUGAUCAGCAUCGUCUUCAUCAACUCUUUUGGUGCUAUGCUCCAGAGCAGCCUCUUUGGCCUGGCAGGGCUCCUGCCUGCCAGCUACACAGCUCCCAUCAUGAGUGGGCAGGGCUUGGCCGGCACCUUCGCCGCUUUGGCGAUGAUCUUCAGUAUUGCCAUUGGUGCCCAGCAACCUGAAAGCUUCAUCGGUUACUUCACCACGGCCUGUAUAGCGAUCGUGCUGGCAAUCUUCUCCUACAUCCUCCUGCCUCGCCUGGAUUUCUUCCGAUACUACUCCGUCAAGGACAAGACAGAGUACCAUGUGUACAAUGCAGAGCUGGAGACCAAGAGAGACCUGAUUAAGAAAGAUGAGCCCAACGGAAUGGAGCAGAAUAACUCAAAGAUCAUCCCUAUACACAACCCUGACGAGACGCCUUCAGUCGUAACUAUUUUUAAGAAGCUCUGGGUCAUGGCUGUGUCUGUCUGCUUCGUCUUCACCGUCACCAUCGGUGUCUUUCCUUCCAUCACAGCUAAGGUGUCCACUGUCCUUGGAGAGGGAAACAGAUGGGGUCUCUACUUCAUCCCUGUCUCCUGUUUCCUGCUAUUUAAUGUCUUUGACUGGACAGGACGGAGUCUCACUGCCCUCUUCACAUGGCCCGGGAAGGACAGCUGGCUCCUGCCAGUGAUGGUGGCCCUCCGUGUCAUCUUUAUCCCUCUUUUCAUGCUGUGCAACGUGAAGCCUCGUCACUACCUGCCUGUUGUGUUCUCUCAUGAUGCCUGGUACAUCAUCUUCAUGAUCUUCUUCUCCAUCUCCAAUGGCUACCUGGCCAGCCUUUGCAUGUGCUUCGGGCCCAAGAAAGUGCUUGCCCAUGAAGCAGAGACAGCUGGAGCCAUCAUGGCCUUCUUCCUGUCACUGGGCUUGGCCCUAGGAGCUGCCGUCUCCUUCCUGUUCCGAAUUCUAAUCUAGCAGAGGCACCCGGGAGGUGCAGGGACAGCGCGAGACCGCUCCGCACCCUCCUCCAAGGCCCUGGACACCUCGGCGCCGUGGGGAGAUAACACCUCAGCCUGCCCUGCAAAGUCACACUGCCACAGCAGACAUUACACCCAGGGAUGGUUCCACUCCUGCAGGGUUGGCCUGGCUCCUGCCAUGCUCGGCUGCGUGAUGCCUUCAGGCCUACGUGCCUUCUCCUUCCCCAUGCUGUGUGCAUGUAAGACUCCCAGGAUCUUGGAGAAGUCCAGCUGCCUCCCACGCCAUGUACUUUUCCCUGCUCAAGGCCAAAAGCCAUUCUCAGCCUCCUCCUUUCCGACAGCGUUGAAGGCUGGUAUCCAGUGUUAUUCCUGCUCUUGCCCUUGUCCCCAAGGCACCUAGAGACUUGCUCUCCUCUUCUUCCAGGGGUCCUGGAAACAUCCUACGCCACUUCUCCUGUUGGUGAGACAUGCAAAUGGGGAGGAGAGCCCUAGCCAGCCUUCCCAUCCCUGAUCUCUCCUAGCUGUACAUCCUCCUGCACAGCAGCAUCCCAGAAGCAGUGCGGCCCACCGUGGCUGCACCGAGGAAGGUCUCCACACCCCGCCUUCCCCUCCUCUCCCUGCCUUUCUUCCCUCUUUCUUUUGGUCAUUUUUUCCAGUUUUCUUUCUGCCUCCUGGUUGUGUGACAGGAGGUCCCACCAUGGGCUGCAACGGGAGAGAAGGCAACUCCCUUCCCGCCGGGGCUGCCUUCCCUUUUUACCCGACCUCUCCCUUGGCUUUCCCGCCCCUUGUCUGUGUAAAUGUGUCUGUACAGUUGCCGUUUUCUAUAAAAAGACUGAAACACGC